AUGCGCGGGGCCGCCCCCGGCCCGCCCCGAGCCGGGCAUUGGCCGCGGCGGCGGGGCGGAGGUGGCGGGGACGCCGCGCCCGCCUCCCGCCGCCGCUCCCCCAGCGCCGCCCGGCCAAGUUUAAACACCCCCGGCCGCGCCGCCCCGGAGUUCGCGGGACGUGCCGGGGAGCGGCUGCCAGGGGGGGCCCAUCCCGUCCCGCCCCGCCCGGAGCGCCCCCGCCGCCGCCUAUGCGGGAGCCGCGGGGCCGGCGGAGCCAUGGACGGCGGCGGCGGGGCCCCGCCCGCGCUGGAGAAGAACGCGGCGGAGCUGACGGUCAUGGACGUGUACGACAUCGCCUCGGCCGUGGGGCAGGAGUUCGAGCGGGUCAUCGACCAGCACGGCUGCGAGGCCAUCGCCCGCCUCAUGCCCAAGGUGGUGCGGGUGCUGGAGAUCCUGGAGGUGCUCGUGAGCCGCAACCACAUCAACCCCGAGAUGGAGGAGCUGCGCCUGGAGCUCGACCGCCUGCGCCUCGAGAGGAUGGACCGCAUCGAGAAGGAGCGCAAGCACCAGAAGGAAUUAGAGCUGGUGGAGGAUGUCUGGAGAGGGGAAGCACAGGACCUUCUCACCCAAAUUGCACAGCUGCAGGAGGAGAAUAAACAACUGAUGACAAACUUGUCUCACAAAGACAUUAAUUUCACAGAAGAGGAGUUUCAGAAGCAUGAAGGGAUGUCAGAGAGAGAGCGGCAAGUCAUGAAGAAGCUGAAGGAAGUGGUUGAUAAACAGAGGGAUGAAAUCAGAGCAAAGGACCGGGAACUCGGACUUAAAAAUGAGGAUGUAGAGGCUCUUCAGCAGCAGCAGAACAGGUUAAUGAAGAUUAACCACGACCUGAGGCACCGGAUCACGGUGGUGGAGGCGCAGGGGAAGGCCCUGAUUGAGCAGAAGGUGGAGCUGGAAGCGUAUCUGCAAACCAAGGAGCAGGAGAUGGGCACCCUGAGGGCAGAGCUGGGCAAGCUCCGAGAGAAACUGCAGGGUGAGGACAGCCAGGAGAGCCACAAUGGGGAGGAAGGCAAGGCAGAACCAAACAAUGAUGAGUGCCUGUCAGAGUCAGAAAAGAUGGCACUGGACUUGAAAGAUCCCAAUCGGCCGAGGUUCACCUUGCAGGAGCUGCGGGACGUCCUUCACGAGAGGAACGAGCUGAAAUCCAGGGUGUUUUUACUUCAAGAGGAGCUUUUGUAUUACAAAAGUGAGGAAAUGGAAGAAGAAACCAGACCCCCUCAACCUCCCCCCAUAAUUCAGCCCAAACCCUCAACUCAACCUGAAUCUGGAAUCAAACGACUGUUUAGCUUCUUCUCCCGCGAUAAGAAACGUUUGCAGGCGGCGCAGAGAAACGUCCACUUCCAGGGGACUUUUGGGGAAUGGUCAAACUCGAGUAGGGAUGACUCCUACAUGGAACAAGGCCAGGAGGCCCUGCAGCACCUGUGACUGAAGCCCUGAGUGUCCUGUUUGCUGCAGUGGAUCCGACAGAGCCGUGCCCAGCAGCUCCUGUGAAGCACCGCGGCAGCUCCUCGCUGGUUUCGCCUCGCACACCUCGGGGUUGUUCCAGACCCUCCCAAAGGGAUCCCUCGCUGUUCCCUUGGGGACUGUUUGCUGCAAACGGAGCCCAAGCUUUGUAGUAAGAGUUGCUGCCACCCUGGGACAUGGAAGCUCCUAGAUGACUUGUUCUGUGCCGAAUAACAAGUCCACGGCCUUGUUCUUGCAUUAACUACAGUAACACAAGCCUCUCGAAACCAAAAAAGGACCCGUGCCGCUGUUAGAAGUUUGUUUGCAGUGUCCAGCAUCUAGUACAGGGCAAAGACUCUUCCACCCUGGUUGUUAACACUAUUGGUUGUUUGCUUUUUCAUUUCUGUGAGAAUUUUUCUUUCAAGAGGGACACGACAGCCGGACCCCCUCGGUGGCAGCCCGAGCUGUGCCGUGUCCCGUCCGUGCCGCUGGCAUCGGCACCCUGAGGAGGAGCCCCUGGGAACCCACCUGGCCCAGGGAGAAACUGGAGCAGCCUCGGGAGGGGCACUGAGUGUGCAUUUCCCUCGUGCUUAGAGUGCCUAAAGCAUGAAGAGUCCUGGAUGAGGUGAGCGUGCCUUGUGUUCUGCCCUGAGUUCUGCAGUGUUAAUGGAGUACAAAUUGCUCACAGGGAGGAAUCCCAACUCUUGGAUUGUUUCCUUCUUAGUGGGGACUUCCCACCUCCCCCAAGAGUAGCAGGCAGCUGCUGGAAAGGAAUUGGAGCUUUCCCACAGACAGGUUUUGAAUGAAGUCACACUCCAGUUUCCUGUCCAGGUAAAACUGCCCAACUUCAGAGGGCAGCAUGUCCUCAGCUGUUACACUGACCUGGAGAUGGCCCCAACUCCAACCUCAACACUAAAUGCUCUGUGGGCAGAGCAGUGAAUCCUGUGUGCAGCUGCUCCCCUGCUGUUGGCUCCUGUCUGGGCAGCCCCUGUUACAGGGCUUAACUUGCCAGCCAGCCCAACUGCCGGGGGCUGGGAUUUAAUCUGCUCUGCAGUUGGGCUGGGAUUUAAUCUGCUCUGCAGUUGGGCUUGGGAGAGGCCUGGCCUGACUGAGGUCAGACUUAGAACACUAAAACUCCAUAACUUGUGUCCAGCUCAUGUCAGAGCAUCCCCCCUGUACCACACACUCCACAGGCUCCCCCCAGGGUGGGAGAAGGCGAGGCCUGGGCUGAGGGGUCUCUGUGUGCUGGAGGGUCUGUGCUGAGGGGUCUCUGUGCUGGGGCUGCUGCUGAGAACACCCAGUGAUGGCAGGGCCAGGGGCAGCUCCUGCUCGUGCAGUUCAGUGCCAGGAGCUGCUGGUACCACCCCCCCAGCAGCUCCACCUGCUCUGGGAAGAGCCUCCCCUCAGGAGUGGCACCAGGGAUAGGAAACAACUGCUCAGGCUGGGGAAAAGCUCCAGCUGCUCUGGGUACUGAGUGCAGGAGGAACUGCUGAAGGACUCCUGGAUGGGUUUAGUGCAGGCCAGUUGUUCUUAGUACAGGGUUAUCCAAGACUGGAUUCUUUGACGUGUGUGAGCACAGCAAAGCGUUCUCAGCCUGGCUGUAGUGAAAAGCCUGACAGGGAACUGUUCCCUGCAGUGUGGGCUCUGUGCUGCUCUGCUCCUGACUGCAGCUGCUUCAUUCCAAACACAGAUCUUCCAUGUGUUCUAGGCAGGGAAGGUGUUUACUGUUCCCCCCUGGUGCUCCUGCAGCUGGGGCAGGGGGCACACGUGGCCUUACAGGAGACACCUGCAUUAGACACAGUGACAGGAAUUGGGCAGGUGAGCUUUUGCCUGGUUGUGUUUUGGGAACACCCACGGAACAGCAGCAAUUCUUAAAUGGGAGGGAGUGUCCUAAUUUAAUGAGACUUAAGUUGCCAAGAUCUGGCUUCACUUCCAUAUGAGAAAAGCAGAAGCCCAGUCCAGUUCCAUCCUGCUGCUGAAUUGGGAGUGACCCUGCGGAGCCUCUGCCAGGCACAGUCCAGUCGAGUGGCACAUCCAGGAGGGGUGCAGUGAGCCCAAACAAUGCCAGAGUAAGCACAUCCCUUUGGAAAGGAGCUGAGAGCAGUGAGCUGGGAUAAUGGAACCACACAGACCGAGCCUAAGCCGUGCUCCUGGUGCAGCAAAGCCCGGCCCAGAGCCCAGUAAAGCCCAGCCCAGAGCCCUGGGCACACUGUCAGGCCAGAUCUGCAGCAACAUCAAAGCACAGCACUAAGCAGGACAAGCUUCCCCCACUCAUCUCUGCAGCCCAUUACCUCAAACACCUCGUUGUUAGUUCCUCCUGACCUGCUGCCAUUAACCACUCGUUGUCGUGCUGGAAGUGCUGAGUCCACAAGUGCCAUCGGGAAGGAUGGCCCAGAGGGAAGCAUUUGUGAAGAUUUUGGAUCUGUCACGUGUUGGUUCUCUGUAUUCAAGGAACAUCUGCUGUUAGAAAAGGGGCCAGGAUGGUGGCAGGUAAGGGGUGUCACAAUCCUGCCUGCCAAGUGCAGGAUCAGACAUUUUAUGGGUUAGUUUAUUUUAUUUUUUUUUUGGUUGGACAGUAAAUCAUUUUAACAGUUUAAUAAAUAUUUCUGAAAAACA